AUGAAGAACAUUAUGACUUGCAUGCAUAUUGUUCUUCUCUCUCUGUCUAGAAGAUUCGUACUAAUGUUGGAGAAGAUUAACGUAAGAAGCUACAAUGGGCAGAGAGACAAAACAGGGGUGGAAGAACUUGAAAAAAGAUGUCAAGUAGGAUCAGAAGGGAAAAUGUGUUUCUUCAUGGACACUUUAGGCGAUCCCAUUUGCAGAAUCCGCAACACCCCUUUCCACAACAUGCUCGUUGCCGAAGUGGAUAACGAGAUAGUCGGGAUUAUACAGGGCACGAUCAAGCUAGUCACCCUUUGCGAUUGCUUAGCCACAGUUGGUUACGUCCUAGGGCUGAGAGUGGUGCCUCUUUCCCGCCGGGGAGGUAUUGCCACGACCUUGGUUCGCCAUAUGGAACAAUGGUUUACUGAUAACCAAGUUCAUUACGCCUACAUGGCGACCGAUAAACACAACAAACCCUCUCUUAACCUCUUCAUAGACCGUCUAGGUUACACUAUAUUCAAAUCUCCAUUAAUCCUCGUCCAGCCUGUCAACCCGGCCGCUCCCGUAGCAUCCGCCGGAAGAAGAUCAGGGGUUGAAAUAUCGAUGUUAAAGCCGGAGAAAGCAGAGUUUCUCUACCGAAAAUAUAUGGGGACGACUGAUUUUUUCCCACACGACAUAGACAGAGUACUAAAUCACAAGCUGAGUUUGGGCACGUGGGUUUCUUACCGGAGGAGGAGAGGUCACGUGCCGUUUUCAGGCGAGUUUAGAGAUGAAUCCGACAUGCCUGAGAGUUGGGCUAUGCUGAGUGUAUGGAAUGGUGGGGAUGUGUAUAAGUUGAGAGCAGAGGGAGUGACGUUUCCUUGCUUUGUAUACUCUAGAAGUUCGAGGUUGAUGAAUUGGGCAUUUCCUUGUUUAAAUGUUCAAGAAAUGCCCGAUUUCUCAGACAAUUUUGGGUUCUAUUUUGUUUAUGGGUUGUAUGUUAGAGGUCGGGGGUCGGGGAAGCUGGUGCGAGCCCUGUUUAGAUUUGUAAGUAAUGUGGCUAGGGAAAAAGGUGAUUGUAAGGCUAUAGUGACGGAAGUUGAACGAAUGGAGGGAUUUAGAUUCCAUGUACCUCAUUGGAAGCUGCUUUCUGGGUCGGAGGACUUGUGGUGCAUAAAGUCAUUGAAGAUGGCUGGAGAAGAUGAAGAUGAUGAUGAAGAAGAAGAAGGAACGAGGAUUAGAUCAUUGCAACAAUUGACAACAAGUGUACGGUCGAAAAGAGGUCUUUUUGUAGAUCCAAGAGAGGUGUGAAAAACAUGGCAUGUUAUUUCACUUAUUUCAAGUCUAAUUAACUAAUGUAA